AUGACACCAUCGGGGAAAGGAGCCGGAGACUUCCAUAACCCUACUGAGAUCAGCCAGCUCCUUGAUAGAGGUUGGGAGUGUGGCGGCUUCCAUUUCCAGUUCGAGACGUUCGACGACGUCUUAACCAAUCAAAAAAGCAACGAUAUUGCCUCGGAAUACCUCCGUCAGAAGAUUCGUGCUGUUGUCCAAGACCCGGAAACGGCGGAACUUCUGUGUCCCAAGUACCCCUUCAUCACUAAGCGUCCCUUUUUUGGACACUUCUACUACGAAACCUUCAACAGACCUAAUGUCCAGCUGGUUGACAUCAGCUCGGAUAAGAUCGAUCUUUAUGAGAACGGUGUCAUCAACGGUUCAGGGGAGUAUGAGGUUGACAUGGUGAUCUUUGCUCUUGGGUUUGACGCCGGCACUGGCGCUCUCAGCGAGAUAGAUGUUAGAGGGUCUCAAGGAAGAUCGCUAAAGGAAUUCUAG